GCUAGCGGGGCCGGCCGGGACGCGGCGGGGGGACGCGGUGAUCGCAGUUGCGGAGCGAUGUUGCAGCUGUGCGUCCCCCGCGGGGGCCGGGCCCUCCUGGGGGUGCGGUUGCUGCGGGGUCCCCCUGGGACCACCCGCCCCGUCAGCUACCAGCCCAUCCGCAAGGUCCUGGUGGCCAACCGAGGUGAGAUCGCUAUCCGGGUAUUCCGGGCUUGCACGGAGCUGGGGAUCCGGACGGUGGCCGUGUACUCGGAGCAGGACACGGGGCAGAUGCACCGGCAGAAGGCGGACGAGGCUUAUCUGGUGGGGCGGGGGCUGCCCCCCGUCCAGGCCUACCUCCACAUCCCCGACAUCAUCCGCGUCGCCCAGGAGAACGGGGUGGACGCCAUCCACCCGGGAUAUGGGUUCCUGUCGGAGCGAGCCGACUUCGCCCAGGCCUGCCUGGACGCGGGGGUCCGGUUUGUGGGACCGCCCCCUGCCGUCGUCCGAAAGAUGGGAGAUAAAGUGGAGGCUCGUGCCAUCGCCGUCGCUGCCGGAGUGCCGGUGGUGCCGGGGACGCCGGCGCCAGUGUCGGUGCUGUCGGAGGCGCAGGAUUUCGCCCGCCAGGUCGGUUUUCCCAUCAUCUUCAAGGCAGCUCACGGCGGCGGCGGCCGUGGCAUGCGGGUGGUCCGCUCCCCUGAGGAGCUGGAGGAGAGUUUCUCCCGCGCGUCCUCGGAAGCUUUGGCCGCCUUCGGCAACGGGGCCCUUUUCGUGGAAAAGUUCAUCGAGCGCCCGCGGCACAUCGAGGUCCAGAUCCUGGGGGACCAGCACGGGAACGUGGUCCACCUCUAUGAGCGGGAUUGCUCCAUCCAGCGCCGGCACCAAAAGGUGGUGGAGAUUGCCCCGGCCGCACGCCUGCACCCCCAACUCCGCGCCCGCCUGGCUGACGACGCCGUCCGCAUUGCCCGGCAGGUGGGCUACGAGAACGCGGGGACGGUGGAAUUCCUGGUGGACCAGAGCGGGAGCUACUACUUCAUCGAGGUCAACUCCCGGCUCCAGGUGGAACACACCGUCACCGAAGAGAUCACUGACGUGGACCUGGUCCACGCGCAGCUGCAGGUGGCGGCGGGCCGGUCGUUGCCGGAGCUCGGGCUGCGCCAGGAGAACAUCCGGGUGAACGGCUGCGCCAUCCAGUGCCGCGUCACCACCGAGGAUCCCGCUCGCGGGUUUCAACCAGACACCGGUCGCAUCGAGGUGUUCCGCAGCGGCGAGGGGAUGGGGAUCCGCCUGGACGGGGCUUCGGCGUUCCAGGGGGCCCUGAUCUCCCCCCACUACGACUCGUUGCUGGUGAAAGUGGUGGCCCACGGCCCCGACCAACCGGCCGCCGCCGCCAAGAUGAGCCGGGCCCUGGCCGAAUUCCGCAUCCGAGGUGUCAAGACGAACAUCCCGUUCCUGCAGAACGUCCUGGCCCACCCCCAGUUUUUGGGGGGCGCCGCUGACACCCAGUUCAUCGACGAGAACCCUGAACUCUUCCACCUCCGCCCUGGCCAGAAUCGGGCCCAGAAGUUACUUCAUUAUCUGGGUCACGUGAUGGUGAACGGCCCCAGCACCCCCCUCCCCGUCAAGGCGAAGGCGGCGCUGGUGGAGCCCAACCCCCCCCCGGUGCCCAUGGGGCCUCCCCCGGCGGGGCUGCGGGCGGUGUUGGAGCGGGAGGGCCCGGCGGGUUUCGCCCGGGCGGUACGAGCUCACCGGGGGCUGCUGCUGACCGACACCACCUUCCGCGACGCCCACCAAUCCCUGCUCGCCACCCGCGUCCGCACGCGUGACCUCGCUCGCGUUGCCCCCUUCGUCGCGCACGCUCUCAGCCCCCUCUGCAGCAUGGAGACCUGGGGAGGCGCCACUUUCGACGUGGCCAUGCGAUUCCUGCACGAGUGCCCCUGGGAGCGGCUGCGGGAGCUGCGGCGCCUGGUCCCCAACAUCCCCUUCCAGAUGCUGCUGCGUGGCGCCAAUGCCGUCGGCUACACCAACUACCCCGACAACGUCGUCUACCGCUUCUGCGAGGUGGCGGUGGCCAACGGGAUGGACAUCUUCCGAGUCUUUGAUGCCCUCAACUAUCUCCCCAACCUGGUGCUGGGAGUGGAGGCGGCCGGCCGGGCGGGGGCAGUGGUGGAGGCCGCCCUGUCCUACACCGGGGACGUGGCUGACCCUGCUCGCACCAAGUACAGCCUUGACUACUACCUGGGCCUGGCCCGCGAGCUGGUGGCCGCCGGCACCCACAUCCUCUGCAUCAAGGACAUGGCGGGGCUGCUGACGCCAGCGGCCGCCCGGUUGCUGGUGGGGGCCCUACGGGAGCAGUUCCCCGAGGUGCCGCUGCAUGUCCACAGCCAUGACACCGCUGGGGCCGCCGUUGCCUCCAUGCUGGCGGCCGCCAAUGCUGGCGCUGACGUGGUGGACGUGGCUGUGGACGCCAUGUCUGGCAUGACCUCCCAACCCAGCAUGGGCGCCAUGGUGGCCUGUGCUCGCGGGACCCCCCUUGACACAGGCAUCACGCUGGAGCGGGUGUUCGAGUACAGCGAGUACUGGGAGGGGGCACGGGCGCUCUACGCCGCCUUUGACUGCACGGCCACCAUGAAGUCGGGCAAUGCGGACGUCUACGAGAACGAGAUCCCUGGAGGACAAUACACCAACCUCCACUUCCAGGCCCAUGCCAUGGGGCUGGGCCACAAGUUCAAGGAGGUCAAGAAAGCCUACGCCGAGGCCAACAAGCUCCUCGGGGACCUCAUUAAGGUGACGCCGUCCUCGAAGGUGGUGGGGGACCUGGCGCAGUUCAUGGUGCAGAACGGGCUGUCGCGGGAGGAGGUGGAGGCGCGGGCGGACGAGCUCUCCUUCCCCCUCUCCGUCGUGGAGUUCCUCCAGGGUCACAUCGGAACCCCCCCAGGGGGCUUCCCCGAGCCCUUCCGCUCCCGGGUACUGAAGGACCUGCCCCGUGUCGAGGGGCGGCCAGGGGCUUCGCUGCCGCCGCUGGAUUUCGAGGCGCUGGGGCAGGAAUUGGCGGCGCGACAUGGGGCCUCCCCCAGCUCCGAGGAGCUGCUCUCGGCCGCUCUGUACCCCAAAGUCUACGAUGAGUUUCGUACCUUCACCUCCACCUUCGGCCCUGUCUCCUGCCUGGGCACCCGCCUCUUCCUCGAGGGUCCCACCAUCGCCGAAGAGUUUGAGGUGGAGCUGGAGCGGGGGAAGACGCUGCACAUCAAGGCGCUGGCGCUGGGGGACCUGAAUGCCACGGGGCAGCGAGAGGUUUUCUUCGAGCUCAAUGGGCAACUGCGCUCCAUCCUCGUGCGAGACACCCAGGCCCUGAAGGAGAUGCAUGUGCACCCGAAGGCGGAUCGGGGGGCCAAGGGGCAGGUGGGGGCCCCCAUGCCAGGGGAGGUGGUGGAGGUCCGGGUGGAUUUGGGGGCAUCGGUGGCCAAGGGGGACCCCCUCUGCGUCCUCAGUGCCAUGAAGAUGGAGAUGGUGGUGACGGCCCCCCUGGCUGGAACCGUCGCCCGCCUCCAUGUUCGACCUGGAAUGAGCUUGGAGGGUGAUGACCUCAUCGUCGAAAUCGAGUAGGAGGAUGUCACAGGACCCCCCCCCAACACCCACCCCUGCCCCCCCCCAAAAAACCCACCCCCAAAAACCCACCCAAAACACUACCCCUGCCAAAUGGUGCGCUGGCCCUUUAAGAGCGACCUCCCCCCUCCGUGGAAAGGGGGUGCAGUCUGUUUUGGGAGGGGCACCCCUUAAUUAGAUGGGGGGUUUAAUUAAGGGGAGCGCCUCUUAGUCGGGGGACACCCGUUAAUUGGAGGGGCAACCCAGAAUUGUGCGGCACCCUUCAUUUUGGGGGGGGCACUCCUUAAUUAGAGGGGCACCCCUUAAUUAGGGGGGCAUUUCAUUUGCGGGGCACCCCAUUUUGGGGGGCCACCCCUUAUUUUGGAGGGGGCAUGCCUUAAUUAGGGGGCACUCCUUAAUUAGGAGGGCACCCCAUUUGGGGGGGCACCCCAUUUUUGCGGGGCACCCCUUAUUUUGGAGGGGGCACGCCUUAAUUGGGGGGCACCCCUGAACUGGGGGGGGGGUGUCAUCUCAUAAUUGGGGGGGUACCCCGUUUGGGGGGGGUUCAGCCUCUUUUGGGGGGGUCACUUCUUGGGGGGUGUCCCCCCACUUUUGGGUAUCCCCUCACAUUUUGGGGGGGAUCCCCCCUCCUGUGCUCCCUCCCUCUUAGCGCGGGGGGGGGUCAGCCCCACCCCCACCCCCAUUUCAUUAACCCUGCCAUGCUGCCUUAGGGGAGCCCGGAGGUUUUUUGGGGGGGGAGGGGGGCCCUCCCCCCUGCCCCCCAGCUGCCCUUCCCCCCCCCCGUUGCUGCCAAACGCCCCUCCCCCACCCGCGAAGGGCGGGAGGGGGGAAUGGGGGAGGGGCGGGGGGGCGGAGUCUGUGACCAAAGGGCGGGAUUGAGACUGGACGAUAUUUGGGGGGGGGGGGGGCCUCCCCCCCCCCACGGGAACAAACCGGGAGGGGGAGGAGCGAGGGGGCCCUUCCCCCCACCCCCCCGGGGGGAUGUCCCGGGCAAUAAAGACUGGACUAACCAC